AUGAAGUCUGGUCCCAUUGCCGCACCUAAGGAUCACGAGGUGGUGUUUGGUUAUGUUGAAGGGGAGAAUCGCGGGAAUAAUGCAAUGAAUCCGCCUCGUCGUCGAAAUGAUCCACUCUUUUGGCUAAGGGAUGACUCACGCAAGAAUCCAGAGGUCAUUGCACAUCUAAAGCUAGAACAGGCAUACUUUGAAGAGCGCACGGCGGAUAUUAAAGACUUUUCCGAGACAAUUUUUAAAGAGUACAUCUCACACAUAAAGGAGACGGACAUUUCCGCACCGUACCGGUACGAUGGCUACACGUACUACACGCGGGAGGUGGAAGGCCUGUCAUACAAAAUUCACUGCCGUGUCCCGUUGGGAAUGACGCCUGGAAAAAGUGAAGAUGAACAGGUGAUACUGGACGAGAACAAACUGGCAGAGGGGAAAUCAUUUUGUAUGGUGCAUGAGGUGAAACCGGCGCCACCAGAUCACAAUCUUGUGGCGUACUCUGUUGACUACGUUGGAAAUGAAAUGUAUACCAUCCGUUUUACGGAUAAUGCGGUGACCGACGUGGUGGAAGGGACCAAUGGCCAGAUUUUAUGGGGUCCAAAUGCAUCAUGUUUCUUCUACAUCACAAAAGACGCGGCAGAACGGAAUUAUAAAAUUUGGCGACACAUUAUUGGACGUCCACAGUCGGAGGAUGUCUGCUUAUACACGGAGAAUGAUCUGCUCUUCAGUACCGCCAUGGCGAUUUCAGGAGAUGGUAACACCUUGAUUAUCGGCUCGGGGUCGUUCGAGACGACGGAGUCGCAUCUGUUGGAUCUACGCAAAGGCAACGGUCACACAACGUUGGAAAUGGUUCGACCGCGUGAAAGGGGUGUGCGCUACGAUGUGGAGCUUCAUGGCACGGAAACUUUGUUAAUUCUAACAAACAAGGACAAUUGCAUGAACGGCAAGGUGGUGUCGGCCACACGUAACACCCCUUCGGAUUGGGAAAACGUUAUUGUACCGCACAGUGAGGAUGUGUUCAUUGGGGAAAUUGGUGUAUUUGCAAAGUUUGUUGUCCUUUCCGGUCGACGUGGGGGAAUAACACGUGUUUGGGCGAUGCCCGUGGGUUCUGAUGGGUUGUUUCGUAGUGGUGCCUUUGUGCAGGAGGUAUCGUUUGACGAACCCGUCUUUACCGCCUUUCCUGUUUUUUCACACAUGAAAAUGUACGACACGGAGACGCUGCGCGUCAGCUACACUUCCAUGUCAACCCCCACAACUUGGUUUGACCUGCAUGUCGUAAAUGGAACUCGCACGAUCGUUAAGGUUCGUGAAGUGCUUGGUAAUUUUGACGCGAAAAAUUACACUUGCCGGCGUCUGUUUGCUACGGCACCAGACCGGACGAAGAUUCCACUUUCCAUUGUGCAUGAUGUCAGUCUCGACAUGAGUAAGCCACACCCAACAGUUUUGUAUGCAUAUGGCUCGUAUGGUGCCUGUGUGGAGCCGGAGUUCAGUGUUAAAUACCUACCAUAUUUGGAUCGUGGCGUAAUUUAUGUCAUUGCACACGUCCGAGGUGGAGGGGAGAUGGGCCGGGCGUGGUACGAGGUAGGUGCAAAGUACCUCACAAAACGAAAUACAUUUUCAGACUUUAUCGCAUGUGCGGAGUAUCUUAUCGAAAUUGGACUAACAACACCCUCACAAUUAGCAUGUGAAGGGCGUAGUGCGGGAGGAUUGUUAAUUGGUGCCGUGUUAAACAUGCGACCCGAUCUCUUCCGUGUUGCGCUGGCGGGUGUGCCGUUUGUAGAUGUCAUGACGACGAUGUGUGAUCCGAGUAUUCCUCUCACAACAGGUGAGUGGGAGGAGUGGGGUAACCCAAAUGAAUACAAGUUCUUUGACUAUAUGAAUAGCUAUAGUCCAGUGGACAAUGUACGCGCGCAGGACUACCCGCAUCUCAUGAUCCAAGCCGGUCUUCAUGACCCCCGUGUGGCCUACUGGGAGCCGGCGAAGUGGGCUUCCAAACUGCGCGCCCUCAAGACGGACUCCAACGAAGUACUCCUAAAGAUGGACCUCGAAAGCGGGCACUUCUCAGCAAGUGAUCGCUACAGGUAUUGGCGUGAGAUGUCCUUUCAACAGGCAUUUGUGCUUAAACAUCUCAAUGCUCGGACACUUCUUCGGAGGUGA